GCCCCGCCAUGGCGCCCUUCCUACGCAUCACCUUCAACUCCUAUGAGCUGGGCCCCAUGCAAGAGGAAGACGAGGCCGGAGAGCCUUUCUGCGCCAUCAAGAUGAAGGAGGCACUAAGCACAGAGCGCGGGAAGACGCUGGUGCAGAAGAAGCCGACCAUGUACCCCGAGUGGAAGUCGUCAUUCGAUGCCCACAUCUACGAGGGCCGGGUCAUCCAGAUCGUGCUGAUGCGGGCAGCCGAGGACCCGCUGUCCGAAGUCACCGUGGGCGUGUCCGUGCUGGCCGAGCGCUGCAAGAAGAACAGCGGCAGGGCCGAGUUCUGGCUGGACCUUCAGCCCCAAGCCAAGGUGUUAAUGUCGGUGCAGUAUUUCCUGGAAGACAGCGAUUGCAAACAGUCUCUUCGGGGUGAGGACGAGGCGGUUCAUACAAUGAACCGCCGUGGGGCCAUCAAGCAGGCCAAGAUCCACUACAUCAAGAACCAUGAAUUCAUCGCCACCUUCUUUGGCCAGCCUACCUUCUGUUCCGUGUGCAAGGAAUUCGUCUGGGGUCUCAACAAGCAAGGCUACAAGUGCAGGCAAUGCAACGCUGCCAUCCACAAGAAAUGCAUCGACAAGAUCAUCGGCCGAUGCACCGGCACCGCGGCCAACAGCCGGGACACCAUGUUCCAGAAAGAGCGCUUCAACAUCGACAUGCCGCACCGGUUCAGGGUGUACAACUACAUGAGCCCCACCUUCUGUGACCACUGUGGCAGCCUGCUCUGGGGGCUGGUGAAGCAGGGCUUGAAAUGUGCAGACUGCGGCAUGAACGUGCACCACAAGUGUCAGAAGAAGGUGGCCAACCUCUGCGGCAUCAACCAGAAGCUCCUGGCAGAGGCCCUCAACCAAGUCAGCCAGAGGUCGUCACGCAAGUCAGACUCGGGGUCAACAGACUCUGUGGGGGUCUACCAGAGUUUUGAGAAGAAGUCUGGAGUCUCUGGAGAUGAUACCUUAGAUAACGGGACCUACGGCAAGAUCUGGGAGGGCAGCACCAGGUGCACCGUCCAGAACUUCACCUUCCACAAGGUCCUGGGCAAAGGCAGCUUCGGGAAGGUGCUGCUGGCGGAACUGAAGGGCAGAGGGGCGUUCUUCGCCGUCAAGGCCCUCAAGAAGGACGUGGUGCUCAUCGAUGACGACGUGGAGUGCACCAUGGUGGAGAAGCGCGUGCUGGCGCUAGCCUGGGAGAACCCCUUCCUCACCCACCUCUACUGCACCUUCCAGACCAAGGACCACCUGUUUUUUGUGAUGGAGUUCCUCAAUGGGGGGGACCUGAUGUACCACAUCCAGGACAAAGGCCGCUUCGAGCUCUACCGCGCCACGUUCUAUGCAGCUGAGAUCCUCUGUGGGCUGCAGUUUCUACACAGCAAAGGAAUCAUUUACAGGGACCUCAAGCUGGACAACGUGAUGCUGGACCGGGAUGGCCACAUCAAGAUCGCCGACUUUGGGAUGUGCAAGGAGAAUGUGUUUGGGGAGGGGAAGGCCAGCACCUUCUGCGGGACCCCCGACUACAUCGCCCCCGAGAUCCUGCAGGGCCUCAAGUACUCCUUCUCCGUGGACUGGUGGUCCUUUGGGGUCCUCCUCUAUGAGAUGCUCAUUGGACAGUCGCCCUUCCACGGCGACGAUGAAGACGAGCUCUUUGAGUCCAUCCGCGUGGACACGCCGCACUACCCCCGCUGGAUCACCAAGGAGGCCAAGGACAUCCUGGAGAAGCUGUUUGAGCGGGAGCCAUCCAAGAGGCUGGGUGUGACAGGGAACAUCAAAACCCACCCCUUCUUUAAGACCAUCAACUGGACCUUGCUGGAGAAGCGGGAGGUGGCGCCACCCUUCAAGCCCAAAGUGAAGUCACCCGGAGACUACAGCAACUUUGACCAGGAGUUCCUGAGCGAGAAGGCGCGGCUCUCAUUCAGUGACAAGAACCUCAUCGACUCCAUGGACCAGACGGCCUUCUCCGGCUUCUCCUUCGUGAACCCCAAAUUUGAGCACCUCCUGGAAAAGUGAGGCCCUGAGACAGGACCCUGGGCCAGCCCCAGCCAGGGAGCCCUGUCCAGCCAGUACCUGGUCCAUCAGGCAGCGUGGGCUGCACCCCCAGCCUCACACCUGCACCUCCCCUCCCUGAACCGUAAGCAACAGUGUGGUGGUUGUGAUUUCUGCUGCUGCCUCUCCCAGGGCUCGGCCCACCUGGCUGCCUGUGUACGGUACAUCCUCUGUGAACCACCAUGUGUGAAUGUGCCUCUCCUCUGCCCUCAGGGGGAAGUUGUAAAUCCUGUGUGUCGUUACUUGAAUGUAGUAAUCUAUUGAAGAUAUAUACAUUAUAUAUAUAUGCACAUAUAUAUAAUAGGCUGUACAUAAUGCUUGCUCAGUAGAGAGGAAGCAUGCGGGGGACUGGUGAUGUGUUAGUCUUUUAAAUAUAUAUAUACAUCAGACCCCAAAAGAAAAGAACACAAGCUAUUCCAACCA